AUGACCAAACUCCAAGUCCUCGACAUUUCUUUCACAAGCAUCGCUUCCCUGCCCUCAUCCAUGUCCUCCCUGUGUGAAUUACGGUUGUUGAAGCUUCGAAGUUGCUGCAAGCUAGAGACUCUUCCUGCAUUCUUAAAGGAUAUGCAGAAGCUUGAGAUCCUCGAUCUCCAUCAAACUCCCUUGACGAAGAUGGUGGAGGUAUCCUUCCAUAACAUGCAAAGCCUCCGACGUCUCAACAUCUCAGGUGCAUGCAACCUCAGCAGGCUCUCGCUCAAGGGUUGUCGCUCUCUAGUGAAACUGGUCAGCCCAAAUAAACAUUCAAAACUUGAGGCACUUCAUCUUUCAGGCACGAAAUUGGAAGUGCUUUCGCACCAAAUUUUCAAUCUGACUAGCAUGCACUGCCUAGACCUGUUGGGAAUGGAGCAUCUCAAGACGGUUGACUGGAGAAAGAUAGAUCGGCUUCCAGAAAACUUGAAUUGGGAUCGAUGUGGAAUGAACUUGCUGCAUGAGCAGCACCAAGACAGCAGCAGUCGUCACAUCUCGGUCGGUGAUGCGAGUGUUUUUGAGUCUUUGGAUGAAAGCUCGAAACUAUGGAAAUCCUGCUUUAAAAAUUUUCAUUUCUUUGUCUGUCCCCGCGAGGGAGGGCGCAAGGAUAGAUAUCGUGAUUUUAAAAUAAACCGAAUUUUCUACCAGCGUAUUUGUACUCGAUUUGAGCAGUCUUUGAGUUAUGAAAGACAACUGGAGGUUUGCGGUGGUAAGAAUUCCCUAGACGGUGUUAAAGGGGUUCUCUCAGUGACAGAAUUCUUUCAUUUGUAUGGCAAUGCGUUCAUUAAGGCACUGUCCAAUCUUGGCAUGGAGAUGGACAACCUUAAAGAAUGUUGGAUUGAGAAAUGCCAUCAACUGGAGAUUCUGUUCGUUGGAAGAAUGGCAGACAUUGAUGCAGCAGUUUGUUUAGAAAAUCUAAGGGUGUCGGAUCUUGCCAAAUUAAGAACAGUGUGCCGGUGGCAGUUGGGAAGUGAGAGCUUCACAUGCCUAAAGAAUAUAUAUUUGGAAUGUUGCCCGAAGCUCGUGAACUUCUUCUCUUCGAGCAUUCAGUUACAGAAUCUCAAAUUACUUGAAAUAAAAUUUUGCUGUAGACUGGAGAAGGUCUUUGAAGAAGACCACCUGGAAGGGCAAAAUGCAUUUCCACAGCUAGUUGAUUUAUGUCUUUGGGAGCUACGCAAACUGAAAAGCAUUUGUGGUGGGCACUUGCCGAUGCUGAAGAAGUUGAAGAUUCGAGGAUGCCCGCUGCUGGAGAAGCUUCCUCUCCAUAACACAAAUGCUUCUGCAGCAGAAGUCAAGAUUGAAGGUGAGCUGAAAUGGUGGGAAAGCAUAAAAUGGGAAGGUAGUGUCAAGCCACACAACAUCCGUUUCAAAGAAUGGUAUCCGUCAACCAAGUGA